GGCUGCGGAGCAGCGCCCGCUCCCGCCUCGGCCCGCUCGCUGCCGGGACGCAGCGGGGCCGCCCCCGCGCCCGCCAUGUGGAAGCUCAACAAGAGCAGCAAAGUUCUGCUGGACGACUCGCCCGAGGAGGAGGAGACGCGUCCCCGCGGGCCGCCGCCCGCCGCCGCCUUCGCGGCCCCCCAGAAUAAAGACCAGUUUCUUCAUGAUGAAGUUUCAUCUUCAGUGUCACAUCUUGCAACAAAGGUUCAAGGUGCAAGUUUCCGGGGUUGGAAGGAAGUGACGUCUAUGUUCAAUAAAGAUGAUGAACAGCAAUUGCUAGCAGGAUGCAAGUCUCCCAAAUCCAAAGGAACAAACCUAAAAUUAAAGGAAGAGAUGAAGUCUGAAAAGAAGCCAGGUUUUUGGGACAGUUUGGUGAUAAAGCAGAAUGUUCCAUCUAAAAAACCAGAUGAGAUUGAGGGAUGGGAACCACCACAGAUUACCACUGCUGACACCACCAGUGAUGCAGCAACUCCUUUAAGUGACUAUACAGCCUGGUCAGGCUGGGAAGAUGAAACCAAAGGCUCCACAAAAUACACAAACCUGGCCAGCUCAGGAAAUAGUUCCAGGUGGAGCAUCAAAUCAGCUGGAAAGCUGGUUAGUAUUAGACGUCAAAGCAAAGGUAACCUUACUGACAACUGGGAAGAACUAGAAUGAUACUGGUAAUGUGAAAUACUUUAUGGGUAAGAAGAGAAAGGUUUCAUGAUUUACUCAUAUGUUUAAACCAAAAUCAAAUCUGCUCAAUAUUGCACCUUUAUACAGUACUUUGUUUUAUUCAGAUUGUUACAAAUUUUUGCUCACCUGAUAGUAGAUUUUCUUAUUACAUUGUUAAUAGCUAUUUUUUCCACACUGAAAAAAGUAGAGAAUAUAUUUUGUGCCUAUAUUUCACAUUCAGACUCUGCAGUACGUCGGAUUGUUGGUUUUACCAAAAAAAAAAGUAAUUCCUUAGUGAAUGUAUACACUGGUUGUAAAUUUGACUGCCUUAUGUAGGAACUUCCACUAGCUUGAGGUCCUGUUUCUUUUCUGGUGUUUGAGGGCCACUCAAAAUUUUAGUUUUGAUGCUGUCCCUUUUUAACUAAGAGUCCCAAUCUGUCGCUUGCAGGGAGAAUGCUUGUACUUAGUACUGUUUUCCAAAUCUUCAGCCUCAGCAUAUGCUUCAGCUUGUGCAUACAAGGUGCUUACUGUCACAUUGUGCUAUACUGUGUGUGAAAUGGGAAAAUACUAUUCCAAUGUAAUUCCUUCCAUUACUGGAUUGUCAACAACAAAUGGAUCAAAUGGGUCUUCCAGUUGGGGUCUUUUUGUGUUUUGRGGUGUUUUUUCCAUGUUUGUUUGGGGGGGUUUUGUGUUUUGUUUGG